UGCAGACACAGGGCGGAAGAGAAACUUUAGCAUUUGCGGAAAACAAAAUAUGCACAAAAUAACAAACCCCAAGCUGUUUAAGAUCAGAAGGGCCAACCAGGCCAAAAAAUACGGAAUUGCAGCUGUUACCCUGAAGGAGCUGAUUAAAAAAGCAUGCCAUUUACUAAAGGUAUCCAGCUCCGGAGGCCAGGUCUGCUUAUACGAGGACGGGACAGUAGUUACCGAAGAGUAUUUUCAAAAUCUUCCCCAUAACACGGAACUUGUUCUUCUGCCUGAGGGACAGAGCUGGAAUGGACUUGUGCAUGAAAUAAACCAAGUCCUGGGUUUGGACAGAGACGCAGACCUUCUGAUCAGUGCAGCGAAGGAUCUUCUGGCAGAUGAACGUUCUCCCAAACGGCGCAGAAUACUGGGAGACCUUCUGAGGAACCUGAGGGACAGUUCAGAGGUGGAGAGCAGAGAAGAUGAUAAGGACUGGUUUCAAGGUAUUGAUGCCCGGUUUAAAACCAAGUCUGCUUACAUGAAGUAUAACUGUGAGAGCAGAAUCCGAGGAUAUUUGAAAGAGGUUGAUGGAUAUACACGGUCUAUUCCAAAUGCCAAGACAAAAAGUGAAUAUAAAAAGGUGGUGGAGAUCCUGGCAGAGAAACUGAAAGCUGCACGGUAUAAUGGCACCUAUUUUGACAGAUCGGAGAGGGACGUCCACAGGCUCUGCACUGAAGAGGGCUGGUUCACCUGCCAGGGUGCCUUUGAUGAGAACAACUGCACAUUUCUUCACUCAAUAAACCCAUACGGGAACCGUGAGAGCAGAAUUCUCUUCAGCACCUGGAAUCUGGACCACCUGAUAGAAAAGAAGAGGGCCAUCAUCCCCACACUCGCUGAGGCGCUGAAGGGCAAUAAGAGCGGCGAUAUAAAUGUGGAUUAUUUCUACAAACUGUUGUUCACAAGGGAGAAUCUCAAGCUGGUUCACAUCGUCUGCCAUAAGAAAGGAGCCCAUGAGCUCAGCUGUGACUCCAGAAAAAUCUACAAACGGGUCAGGAGGACUGUGAAAUGAAAUAAUCCUCUUAUGAAUUCUGCAGCUUAGUGUGAAAGUUUCAACUUUAGUGAAUCACAAGCACUGAUGCAAGUUCUGAGAUGCUCAGGGCCAUUUUAUCUUAUUAUGGGGUUAUAUUGUGCUUUAGGUAUAGACAUUUUUAAUUGUAACUUUUAGUUUGUUAUACACCAAAUUUUGUUCCAAAACAUUUGUGACCCUGGACCACAAAACCAG